AUGGGAGCUUCCUACAGUAACGAAGAGCGCUCGAGCAGCCCGUUCAUCAUGCACCAGCAACAGCAACCAUCCCAAAGUCAGACUACCCAUACAUCAUUACCAGGCGCGCCGCCCAGAGUCCCUACCCGCCAAGCUUACCAACAGCAUAACAGCGACGUUCAACAGCGUGCACCAACACGCGCUUACCGCCCCGUACCCGGCGCUCGCUACCUAAAUGCCUCGCGCGACAGUCCUUUGACCGCUCUUGCUCUGGACCAGGGAAGCGGCACUACCAGUAGACGCUCGCAUUCGCCGCUCGUUCGGGCUACCACCACGGCACGCACGCAUAGACGCAUUCCGCCCGAGCAGCGCGAUCAAGAGAACGAUGGAGAUAGAACACUGAUGAGGAGGGAAGAGGAGAAUGUUAAUGCGAGGUAUGGGGAGGAGGAGCAGCAGAGGAGUAUGAUGAAUGAGACGCCUCCGAGGGUUGGUCGGGUUGAAAGGAGGAUGCAGGAUUAG